CCAUGGACAGGAAAUGGAAGCCUUGACUUUAUGAUCUUACGUUAAGAAUAUUUAGGAGGUUCAGUUUGGUUCUAGAAAAUGGAUAAGAACAUCGAUGAGGACGACCAGCGUUAGAAGAGAAUGGAAAGUAUGUUAGUAGUUCUGUUUAAUCAGCUUUAUCAGUCGAUAUCGAUUCCGCAAAAAGACCAGCGAAGUCCCUUCUUAACAGAAGACGUAGUAGUGAAAACUAGUGAUGCAACAGGGAUUGCUCUACACUCUACGCCCUGGUCGAUCGACUUUUUCGUUACAGAGAUUGAUGUAGUUCUACAUCAAUCGAUGAUUCGAUGCUCAGAGCCAAACCAGGUAACCACCCAGUAUAUAGAAAUGCAACAGAAUUCGGUAUCCAAUACAGUUCCUGUCCUUUCGGGGCCAACCGUCAUUACGGCACAACCACAAGGAGAAACCAGACAAGAAAGGAGACCGAUUCCUGUGAAUACGUUGAAUUGGAUAUCGACACCAAGGUCGCAGCUGACCGUACUUUCUGGAACUCACUUCUUAUCUAACGUGGAACAAUUGGAAAUUCAGCAGAUUGUUGACCUCAGCACACUGCUCGGUAGAUUAAAAAAGAAAUUCCAAUACAGAGUAAAAGUACCAAAAGCUGAAACGUUAUUCCUAGCAAUGGAAACAGAAUCAAAGAAUGAAUCAAGCGGUUGGAGUUGCUCCAGAUUGACUCGCGACGAUUUUCAGUUAAAUAUUGUGGACCAAUGCGGCGAAACCGCGUUCACCAUGGUUAUGAAUUCCAUGUGGACGUUUGCUUUGAAUAAAUCGCACAGUAUGUCGGUGCUAAGCCCAAAUUUAAUUGGCACAAUAGGACAAAAUUUGCAUAUAAUAGGUUCCAGUUUUACGGUGUACGAUGCAAUAGGAAAACGACUUUGUAAUAUAUACGGGCCAAAUGUUAGUGAUUGUUGCAUGUAUCAAGAAUCCCAGUUUCAGGUAAUCUCGAUCGAUGACACUCAUCAAAUUGCAUCUCUUAUGCAUCAGUGGGACAAUAUUCUUCACGAUUAUAUUAUGUUAAUUACAUUUCCUUCAGAUUUAGACAUAAAAUUCAAAACCUUACUCCUCGCCGCAGCAUUUCUUCUGGUAAAUUCUUUUUCCAAACAUUCUAUAAAUUCAUAGUCAAUUAAUAUUCGUAGUAAAAACUGUUGUAUCUUUGGAUAUAAAAGCUAUAUCUUUCUUUUUUUCCAAUGAAUAUAAUUUGAAUAUUGGAGAUAUUUUAUUGCAAACUCAUGAAAUUUAACCGCAUGGUACAGUUUUGGUUCCGAUAAGCAACUGGUUCCUAAUUCGAAAUAAGCAACUUACUACAUAUUCCCUCUUCUUUAUUUGAAUUUACCUACAGAGUGAGAAAUUUGACACCGAAUAAGAGAUCCGUGAAAGCAGCUAACCAUAAAAGUUUGUGGUCGAAUGAACAGUGACAUCAUUCAGUAAAAAACGAUUAGAAUAUGUCUAAUUGCUAUCACACUCUGGUAUUAGAAAUCCCGAUGUGUUACAUGCUGCUCGACAGCCAGCCUCUCGUAUUCAUUCUUCUCAUUCUUUGUGUUCUUUCUUGUCACGUUCGAAAA